AUGUCAAGCCAAAUUCAACAACGGGAACUUAAAUUUUUUCAUACAUCAAAACUUAAGAUUUAUCAUAUAACGUGUCAAUUGAUUUCAAAAGAUUUUACUCCCUCGAAUGAUUUCGAUCAUUAUUUUUUUUACCUAAAUUUUGGAGCAAAUUAUUUCGUUACCUGUAAAUUUUAUUCACAACUUUUAACCACCGAUGUAUUAAAUAAUUUAGUUUAUGGCAUAAGAAUUGAUGUAGAAAACGUAAAACGAAAUAAUAAUUCAUUAUCUAUGAAUCAAAAGGAGAAUCUUGAAAAUGAACUCAAGGAAAUUCUACCAUCACGCUUUUAUGGAACGAGAUCAAAUUAUGAUGAAAAUAUGAGUCAAACUUAUGAAGGAGAUAGUGAAUGCUCUGACUGUUUUGAAGAUGACUCAUCAUCUUUUAAUACUGAAGAUGAAAUGAGAUCAAAUUAUGAUGAAAAUAUGAGCCAAACUUAUGACGGAGAUAGUGAAUUCUCUGAAGGUGAUGACUAUUUUGAAAAUGAUUCAUCAUCAUAUAUUACCGAAGAUGAAAUGAGAUCAAAUUUUGAUGAAACCACAAACCAAAUCUUUUAUGGAAAUGAUGAAUGUUCCCCUACUGAAGAAAUGAGAUCUAAUGCUGAUGGAAAUGUCGGAGAUACGAAUCAAAUCUAUGACGGAAAUGACGAAGUUAACUCUUUUGAAUUUAUGAAUUAUUUUCCGUAUCAAGUUGAAAAUAUUCAUAAUGACGCUCUUCCGUAUAUGCUCAUUCAUGGUGAUUUAUUUGAACUUACCCCACAUUCACAUAAUGCAUCACCGCAGCAAGAUAUCAACAGUCCCCAAUACUUUUAA